AUGGCCGCGCGGCGCACCGCCGGAGACCGCGGAGGACCGGGAGAGGCUGCCGGGGAAGACGCCCGCGACGAGGCGCCGAAUCGGGGGAUGAAUCCACCGGGGGACGCCGGCGGAGCGGAGGACCUCUCCCUGGAGGAGAUUCUCAAGCUUUACAGCCAGCCCAUCAACGAGGAGCAGGCGUGGGCCGUGUGCUACCAGUGCUGCCGGACGCUGGCCGAGGCGCACCGGGGCAGGAGGGGCUCCCCGGCCGCGGCCCCCGGAGCUCCGCCGACCGCCACCGGAGCUCCGGUGGCCGGAGCUCCGCCGCGCAUCGCGGGCCCGGGGAGCGUCCGGAUCCGGCGAGACGGGUCUGUGACGGUGGACCCCCAGAGCUGCCAAGGUAAAUACAGCCCUUCCACAACCUCUGAGGUGAUCGAGUCUCUGGGCAUCAUGAUCUACAAGGCUCUUGACUAUGGCCUGAAGGAGAAUGAGGAGCGAGAGCUUAGUCCUCCUCUGGAGCAACUCAUUGAUCUCAUGACUAACAUGGCGGAGGCUGAGAGGGACACUUGCUCUGAUGAAGGUUAUGAGGCUACAGAGGAGGAGGAGGAGGCAGAGGAUGACCCUGACAACAUUUCUGGAGUUCAUGGCUACAGAGAUAUCCUCAAAGUAGAUUACACUAUGAACUCCUUUGAACGUGGAGCUAUUUAA